GGCGGGGGCAGGGCGGCUGGGGAGGCCCAGGCGGCGGAGUCUCCGGGACGGCGAACGGCGGGCUGCGGAGAAGGAGACGGCGGGUCGGGCAUUUUUAAAAUAUUUAAUCAUUCAUGAGUUGAGCUUCAUUCUUGAGUCAUGGAUGACAAGGCUUCUGUUGGAAAAAUCAGUGUCUCCUCAGACUCUGUGUCUACUCUUAAUAGUGAAGAUUUUGUCUUGGUUUCCAGGCAAGGAGAUGAGACACCAUCUACAAAUAAUGGAAGUGAUGACGAGAAAACAGGACUCAAGAUUAUAGGGAAUGGAAGUGAACAGCAGCUGCAAAAAGAGCUAGCAGAUGUGCUGAUGGAUCCUCCAAUGGACGACCAGCCAGGGGACAAGGAGCUUGUGGAAAGAUCACAAUUGGAUGGCGAAGGAGAUGGGCCUCUUUCUAAUCAACUCUCAGCUUCAUCCACCAUUAACCCUGUGUCAUUGGUAGGGCUCCAGAAACCAGAGAUGAGCCUGCCAGUGAAACCUGGACAAGGAGAUUCCGAAGGGUCUAGUCCUUUCACACCAGUGGCUGAUGAGGACAGUGUAGUUUUCAGCAAACUAACUUAUUUAGGCUGUGCUUCAGUAAAUGCUCCCAGGAGUGAAGUGGAAGCCUUAAGGAUGAUGUCCAUCUUAAGGGGCCAGUGUCAGAUUUCACUAGAUGUAACCCUGUCAGUGCCGAACGUAUCUGAAGGAACUGUGAGACUCUUAGAUCCUCAGACAAACACUGAAAUAGCAAACUACCCUAUCUACAAAAUCCUCUUCUGUGUUAGAGGGCAUGAUGGAACUCCUGAGAGUGACUGUUUUGCUUUCACUGAAAGUCAUUACAAUGCAGAGCUCUUCAGAAUACAUGUCUUCCGGUGUGAAAUACAAGAAGCUGUGAGCCGGAUACUUUACAGUUUUGCCACUGCCUUCCGCCGUUCUGCCAAGCAGACCCCCCUCUCAGCAACUACUGCACCUCAGACUCCUGACAGUGACAUCUUUACCUUCUCUGUGUCUUUAGAAAUAAAAGAAGAUGAUGGUAAAGGUUACUUUAGUGCAGUUCCUAAAGAUAAAGACAGACAAUGCUUUAAACUACGCCAAGGAAUUGAUAAAAAGAUUGUCAUCUAUGUGCAACAAACAACUAAUAAAGAACUUGCCAUUGAAAGGUGUUUUGGUCUUCUCCUUAGCCCAGGAAAAGAUGUACGAAAUAGUGACAUGCACUUGUUAGAUUUGGAAUCUAUGGGCAAAAGUUCAGAUGGAAAAUCCUAUGUUAUUACUGGGAGCUGGAAUCCAAAAUCCCCACAUUUUCAGAUUGUAAAUGAAGAAACUCCUAAAGAUAAAGUGCUGUUUAUGACGACAGCUGUUGAUUUAGUAAUAACAGAAGUGCAGGAGCCUGUUCGCUUUCUCCUAGAGACAAAAGUCCGAGUUUGCUCACCUAAUGAAAGAUUAUUCUGGCCCUUCAGCAAACGUAGUACUACUGAAAAUUUCUUUUUGAAACUAAAACAGAUAAAGCAAAAGGAGAGAAAGAACAAUACUGACACUUUAUAUGAAGUUGUAUGCUUGGAAAGUGAAUCAGAGAGAGAGAGGAGGAAAACUACAGCCAGUCCCUCAAUUCGCCUGCCACAGUCUGGAUCUCAGAGUUCAAUGAUUCCUUCUCCUCCAGAAGAUGAUGAAGAGGAAGAUAACGAUGAACCUCUCUUGAGUGGAUCUGGUGAUGUAUCCAAAGAAUGUGCAGAGAAAAUUCUUGAAACAUGGGGAGAACUGCUGUCUAAAUGGCAUCUUAACUUGAGUGUGAGGCCAAAGCAGUUGUCAUCCUUAGUAAGAAGCGGUGUUCCUGAAGCUCUUCGAGGAGAAGUCUGGCAGCUGCUAGCAGGUUGUCACAACAAUGACCACCUGGUAGAAAAGUACCGAAUUCUCAUCACAAAGGAGUCUCCCCAGGACAGUGCUAUCACUCGUGAUAUUAACCGGACAUUCCCAGCGCAUGACUACUUUAAGGACACAGGAGGAGAUGGACAAGAUUCCUUAUAUAAAAUAUGCAAGAUGCCUGAGGAACAGGCAUUCAGUGUUCUGGUCAAGAUCAUGUUUGACUAUGGUCUCAGGGAACUUUUCAAGCAAAACUUUGAAGAUUUGCAUUGCAAAUUUUACCAGUUGGAGCGCCUCAUGCAGGAAUACAUUCCUGACUUGUACAACCACUUCCUGGAUAUAAGCCUUGAAGCACACAUGUAUGCCUCCCAGUGGUUUCUUACGCUCUUCACUGCAAAAUUCCCUCUCUACAUGGUCUUCCAUAUCAUCGACCUGCUUUUAUGUGAGGGAAUAAGUGUUAUUUUUAACGUCGCCCUUGGAUUAUUAAAGACUUCCAAAGAUGACUUACUAUUGACAGACUUUGAAGGUGCGCUGAAGUUCUUCAGGGUUCAGCUUCCUAAGAGAUAUCGCUCAGAAGAAAAUGCAAAAAAACUGAUGGAAUUAGCUUGCAACAUGAAGAUUAGUCAGAAGAAGUUGAAAAAAUAUGAAAAAGAAUAUCACACCAUGAGGGAACAGCAGGCCCAACAAGAAGACCCCAUCGAGCGAUUUGAGCGGGAGAAUAGGCGUCUACAAGAAGCUAACAUGAGGUUGGAACAGGAAAAUGAUGACUUAGCCCAUGAGCUGGUGACCAGUAAGAUUGCACUGCGAAAGGACCUGGAUAACGCUGAGGAAAAGGCAGAUGCACUGAAUAAGGAGCUGCUUAUGACCAAACAGAAAUUGAUUGAUGCAGAGGAAGAGAAAAGACGGCUGGAAGAAGAGUCUGCUCAGUUAAAAGAAAUGUGCCGUCGGGAACUCGACAAGGCAGAAUCUGAGAUUAAAAAAAACAGUUCUAUCAUCGGUGACUACAAGCAGAUUUGUUCUCAGUUGAGUGAAAGAUUAGAGAAGCAGCAGACUGCUAAUAAAGUGGAAAUUGAAAAAAUUCGGCAAAAUGUGGAUGACUGUGAGCGCUGCCGGGAAUUUUUCAACAAAGAAGGGCGCAUAAAGGGCAUCAGCUCAGCUAAGGAAGUUUUGGAUGAGGACACAGAUGAGGAGAAGGAAACACUCAAGAACCAGCUGAGAGAGAUGGAACUGGAACUGGCACAAACCAAGCUGCAGCUGGUGGAAGCUGAGUGUAAGAUCCAGGACUUGGAGCACCAUUUAGGCCUUGCCCUCAACGAGGUACAGGCGGCCAAGAAGACGUGGUUUAACCGAACACUGAGCUCCAUAAAGACGGCAACCGGGGUUCAAGGGAAAGAGACUUGCUGAGAGCAGCUGCUGCCUCCAGACACCUUCAGAAAACAUGACACCUUUUGUUGCCUUCUUUGGCCAGAUGUGUGAUUCUGUGACAUGUCCCAGGACCAGAAUGUACCUAAGUCAGAUCCAUAGAAGCAUGUGGGUAGGUUGUUGGACCAGAGCUCAUGAAGCAGGCAGCCUGUGCGGUAAGGCCCUCCUCACUCCUGAUACUAACAGGCCUGCCGGCUGGCCUGCCACCCUGGACGUUCCAGAAAGCCACUCCUCCGUGUGACCUCCGGGCCUCUUCCCGGUUAGGUCAGCUCCUCACCCAGCCCAGCGGCUGAGUGACAUUAUCAGAGUCUGGGGAUCCUUCAGGCCUUUGGUUUUUUUCUAAACCUUUAAUCUUUUUUUUUAAAAUACACAUAUUAUUAUAUAUUGGGGGAGGUGGGGCAGGGGAUCGGUAGCUCAAAUAAUUAUCUGCUCCAGUGCCAGCAAAGGGUCCUCCAGGUAGACAUGGAGAAGCACUUUGUUUUAAAUAGGAGGGUUUCAUGGUUGUAGGUGAAGCCGCCUAGUUUUGUUAAACUAACUCUACGAUGCACAGGUUUUUGGUUUGGCAUUAUUCACAUGUUUCUGAUCAAUUCUAUGCAACUCUCAUAGUUCCUGUUGUUUUUAGUGUUAGCUGCCAAAUGACUCCCCAGUGCUGGGGUGGGUGACUUGACCGACUGUCGAGACUGGAUUAAUCAUAACGUGGACAAACCUUAUUUUGCUUAAUGUGUCGUGUGUGUGUGUGUAUAUAUAAAUAUCUUUUCCCAAUGCACCCAAUUGACAGUGUUUAAAUCCCAGACUAGGACUGAUCUGCACAACUUAAUUAUGUGGUUAUUUUGGGCACUUAAUUUCACUCAAGGUUUGUCGGGCUCUGCUCUCCACCCUGCUGUCGCGAGAGCUGUGAAGAGCUCCCUCACUUCAAGGUUCUAGUGUUUUUGCACAACAGCUUGUACAAGUGAGAAAGACUCUGAGGUGUGUGUGUGUAUGUAUGUGUGUGUGUAAAUGUGAGGAUGUGCAGGACACACAUGCCAAGAGGCCCCCGUCCGGCUCGCCUGUGUCCCUGCCUGCCGGGGCCCUCCCCGGAGUGAGGCUGGGUGCAAACCUCGCUGUUCAGAUGGGCUGCAAGUUCUCGCUUCAGAACUAUGGAAUAGAGGUUUUAGCACCUUUUUUAUAAACAAAAUAACUUUAGACUUUUAAUUUAUAUAGUGAUAUGCUGACAGGCUGUCUCGCAGAUGACUUUGUCGUCUUCUCUGCGUGCAGUGUGGAGGUCGCUGGUUACAAGAGGCACUGGUUUGUACAUAAAGACACCUGGGUUGUUUUGUAUCUCUUUUCCUGUUGGCUGUAUUAACGCUUGCUGAGGUCAUCUGUGAUCAGGGAGGUAACAAGCGGCAACCCCUGACCCCCAAACCAUCCCCUCCACCGCUUUCUGUGUCUUUCUUGUUCAGUUACCAAAACAGCUGUAAGCCCAUCUAAAACUAGGUGCGUGGACAUUGUGCUAGGGUAGUUUCAGUGUGUCAACUUUAUGAAUUGAAAUAUAAACCAGUAAAAUUGUAUUACUA